AUGGAAAAUCAAUUUAAAAAUAAUAAUAAUAGUAGUAGUAUUGAAACAUCAAAUCAAUUUUCAAAUAAAAAAACAAAUAGAUUAGAUAGUUUUGUAUCAGUAUCAGAAUUACAUGAAGAAGCUAAAAGAUUAUUACCAAAGAUGGCAUACGAUUAUUAUGCAUCAGGAUCCAAUGAUCAAAUUACAUUAGCAGAGAAUGAGAAUGCAUUCAGUCGUAUUAAAUUAGUACCAAGAUCAUUAGUUGAUGUAUCAAAAGUUAAUACUAAAACUAGAAUAUUCGGAAGAGAUAUCUCAACACCCAUACUAAUUGCACCAUGGGCAAUGCAAAGAAUGGCAUCUCAAAGAGGUGAACUCGACACAGUUGAAGCUUCAAAAGAGUUCAAUACAAUCAUGACACUAUCCUCAUUAUCCACUACAUCAGUCGAAGAUCUCUCAAGUGCAACAAAUGGUAACCCAGGGUGGUUCCAAUUAUACGUUUUUAAAGAUAGAAAAGUCUCUGAAGAAUUAGUGAAAAGGGCUGAAUCAAUUGGUUAUUCCGCUUUAGUGUUAACUGUUGAUACACCAUUUCUUGGUAAGAGAACUGCUGAUUUUAAAAAUUCAUUUAAAUUACCAAAUGGAUUAUCAUUAAAAAUAUUUGAGAAAUUAAUGUUAUCAAAUUUAGAUGGUGGAUUAAAUCAAUAUAUUGCAACAAUGAUUGACCCAUCAUUGACAUGGAAUGAUUUGAAAUGGUUGAAAUCAAUUACAAAGUUACCAAUUUUAGUAAAAGGUAUAAUGUGUCCAAAGGAUGCUGAAUUGGCAUUACAAUAUGGUGCUGAUGGUAUUAUAGUAUCGAAUCAUGGUGGUAGACAAUUGGAUACAUGUCCUUCGACAAUCGAAGUUUUACCAUACAUUAGUAAAGUUGUGAGAGGUAGAGUACCUUUGAUUUUAGAUGGCGGUAUUCGUCGUGGUACUGAUGUUUUAAAAGCAUUGGCAUUUGGUGCAAAUGCAGUUUGUAUUGGUAGACCUAUCAUUUGGGGUUUAAGUACUGGUGGUAAAGAUGGAGUUUUAAAAGUUUUAAAUUUAUUAAAUUCUGAAUUACAAUUAGCAAUGGCUUUAACUGGUAUUACUAAUAUUUCUGAUAUUAAUAAUUCAAUAAUUUGGGAUCAAAAUAAAUAUAUUAAAUUAUAA